AUGCAAGCCCAUGGAGAAAUCAUAUUCCUACUGUGGAGUAUUGCGAUGCUUCAAGAGGGAAAGACUUUCCUUGUACAUCAGUCAGGACAGAAGAAUGUCUGUGAGACAGAGGAAUGCAGAAAUUUAGCGAAACGACUUAAGGAGGAAAUCAACGAUAAGGUGAACCCCUGCGACGACUUCUACGAGUUCGCCUGUGGCAAGUGGAAAAGUACGACUCGAAUUCCAGAUACAUCGACAUCAAUCAGCAAGUUUGUUGAGGCCAUUCAACAGAUGGAAGCAAAAAUGGCAAGCCUUCUUGCGAGUAAGCCAAUGAUUUACGACAAGAAACAGUCGCUUGAAGACAAAAUGGCUAUUCUCUUUAAAAGCUGCGGAGACACAACCGUUACACGAACGACAGAGAUUGCUGAAGUAAAGAACUUAAUGAAAAAGUUCAAUUUUGGAUCAUGGCCACAGACGACAAGUCAAUCUCGAUCUAAGGGCGUCUUUACAAAGAUGUUAAAGGACGCUGGUUAUCGUGGACUGUUCAGAAUUACUGUCGACGUCAACAUCUUCCAAGUUUCACAGUACACAAUUCACAUGGACCGGCCAUCCUGGACGUACCCUCUCAGUGAUCAAGUGUUUCGGUCACUAAGCAGAGACGAUGAAGCGAAAUACCGACAGUACAUUGGACGUGUUAUUGAGAAUCUGGAUCCAAAGUUGAGCAAGCGAAAGGAUGAGCUCGCUCAAAGCAUAUUUGAUUACGAGGAGGAUAUAGCACGUAUCACCACAAGCAUCUCAGAAGGUCCCAUGUUGACCAGCCUUAGAGACUUGAACGCGCAAAUUCAUCGGGAGGUAGACUUUAAGGAGUUGAUUACGCACCUGUUUUCUACUGCGAAGACAAAACGGAGGCUUGCUGAUUCACAAAGUGUUAUCUUGUGGGCGAAGGGGUACUACAAGGAGCUUGUCGAGCUCAUCAACGACAACGAACCGAAGGAUCUCUUCAACUACCUCGGGUGGAAGUUCCUAUCUUUACUCGUGAAGUAUUCGAGGUCGGAUCUGUUCUCGGACUACACAUCUUUUCUAGGGUCGGUAGACCCAUCAUAUAAGCCACCGCAACCGCCUUUCACAAGUACCUGCAUCAGGGACCUCAUGGACAACAUGAAAUACGCUUUCGGCAGAAUGUAUGUAAACAACUUUUUCAAGGACGCGCAUGUCCUCAGAGAAAUAAAAGAUGUUACGAGUGCUCUUGAAGAAGCGCUAAAAAAGAUGGUCAACAAAAGAACGUGGCUGGACACUGCAACUAAGACAGCGGCUCUCUCGAAGGUGGGAACAAUGCUGAAAAUGAUAGGCUAUCCAGGGUGGAUAAUGGAGCCUUCUCAGGUUGAAGCACUGUUUACUCACGUCCCAGUAUUCAAAGCAAAAGAGUUAUAUGUGACCAUGAUGACAUACGUUAUUACGAACAAUAUGGAUAUUAACUUGGAGAAGAUAUCAAACCCUGUAGACAAAAACAAAGAGUGGCAUAGGGAUCCUGCUGAUGUCAACGGGGAGUAUAUUCCACAAACCAAUGCAAUUGGUGUUUUUGCCGGUCUUCUCCAGAAACCCCUCUACACUUGUAACCUUCCUGUUGCGGUCGCUAUGGGAACUGUCGGAUGGUUUACAGGACAUGAACUCAUUCAUGCGUUAGAUACCCACGGAUGUAUGUAUGAUUCGACCGGAGCAUUCAAGGACUGGAGGACUUCUGAAGUGCGUGCGGCUUAUCAGCGCUAUUCAGAUUGUUUCCAAACACAGUACUCGAGAAUAUAUGACUCAGAAGCUGGAGAAGAGCUGAGCGGUGUGCGCACGUUGGGAGAAAACAUUGCUGACAACGGUGGCCUCCGCAUGGCGUCUAAGGCCCUGAAGGGAAUUGUUAAAUCAAAUCCGUUAACUGAUGUCAAACUACCUGGGUUUGAGAAGUACUCAGCAAGAGAAAUGUUCUAUAUAGCAUUUGCGAACGCUCAAUGUAAUAAAAUGUUGGUACCAGCUAUGAAAUACUACAUCAAGUAUAACCCUCACACUAUUCCAAAAUACAGGGUUAACACCGCAAUUCAAAACGACAAAGCAUUUUCAAAGGCAUUUAAAUGCGCUGCAGGUACUCCGAUGAACAUACCGAAGAGAUGUGUGUUCUGGUGA